UUUGUGAUCUUACUACAACGGCGCCUUUUUCAUACGGACCACAAAUUUGACAUUACCGGAUGACGCAAUCCAGCAGCUGACAUUGAUAGAGAUCGAAAAAAUGCUGCAACUGAACCAUCGUACCCUACAUGACUUCAAGCCCAUUCCUUAUCCGAAUGAUUAUGUUAUUCAACAGCUGGGAAACCGGCUUAUAUACGAUGAAAGACAGUACAAUAUCCAGGACAUGAAGGCGGAGUUUGAUAACCUAUUCAAAUCUCUCACUGAUGAACAGAGGAAGAUUUACGACCAAAUCAUGGAUGCCGUUAACAAACAACAAGGUGGUGUCUUCUUCCUGCACGGUUAUGGCGGAACCGGUAAGACAUAUAUGUGGAGAACACUUGCAAGUGCAUUGAGAUCUAAGCAUGAGAUUUGUCUUACUGUUGCAACAAGUGGGAUAGCAUCUCUUUUGUUGCCAGGGGGUCGUACAGCUCAUUCAAAGUUCAAGUUGCCAGUUCCAUGUCUUGAAAACUCAACUUGCAAGAUUAAUUUCAAUGACCCUAGCGCUGGUCUUCUAAGGGAGGCAAAGCUAAUUAUAUGGGACGAGGCACCAAUGGCAGACAAAUAUUGUUUUGAAACGCUGGACAGGACUUUGAAGGAUGUCAUGAGUAAUUACAGUAACUCCGAAACUAUUUUCAGAGGGAAGUCUUGA